GAGCCCUCUUGGCAUCAGGACGAGGACGAGGAGCUGUGGCCUGAGUUUCCCCCGUGCUCGUCCCCAGAGGGGGCCAGCAGUCCCACAUCCCCCACCUCCCCUGUGUCCCCCAACUCCCUUGUGUCCCCCACAUCCCCCACGUCCCCAGCAUCCCCCACGUCCCCCACAGCUGGCACCACCGAUGGCACAGAGGGCAGCAAGAGGGGUGCCCCAGCGGGGGGGCCGCGGGGACGGGCACCCCCUGGAUCGGCGGGGCAGAGACCAAGGCUGGAGGGGGCCGGGGGGAAGCCGCGUGUGGGGUCCCGGGCGUAUGGACGCAGUGCCAUCCUGGAAAAGUUCGGAGGGGCCGCCACGGUCAAGACGAUGCUGCUGGAGUGGUGCCGCGCCCGCACCCGCGGGUACCCGAACGUGGACGUGCAGAACUUCUCCGGGAGCUGGGGCAGCGGCCUGGCCUUCUGCGCGCUCCUGCACAGCUUCUUCCCCGACGCCUUCGACUUCGGUGCCCUGGAGCCCGACGCCCGCCGGCACAACUUCGCCCUGGCCUUCGCCACCGCCGAGGAGCGGGCGGGCUGUGCCCCGCUGCUGGAGGUGGAGGACAUGGUGCGGCUGCCGGUGCCCGACGCCAAGUGUGUGUACACGUACGUGCAGGAGCUGUACCGCUGCCUGGUGGCCAAGGGGCUCGUGAAGACCAAGAAGCGCUGAAAGGGUCUCCCCACCCGUGCCACUCCCCAACCUUGUCCUCUGCCUUGUCCCCCAGCACUAAAGGCCACGGUGCCAGGCA